AGGAAAAAGUUUAGUUUGAAAAGCGACUUCUUUUUUUGACUUUUUUUCUCUCUAUUAUUAUUCUGCUAUAGGAUGGUACAGACGUGCGCCUAGUGAAUAUUUCUGUGUAUCAUUAGUGGCCGACACGCUGUACUUUUUGUAUGCUGUGUUUACAUGUUAUGCUAUGCCAUGUCUAACAUUAAUGGCAAUUAUUUAUCUUUGGGUAUGGUUAUAUGUACUACGUCAAACAGCAACAUCAACAGCACAACGCAUCUCAACAAUAAAUCGUGAAUUUAAUAUGUUAAAGCGUAUUAUACUACCAUUGGCAACACUGACCGGCUUAGCUAUACCCUAUGUGAUUCUCUAUGCUUAUGAGAAUAUAAGACGAGGCGAUAUCUUUUAUUUAUCUUAUCAUGUUAGUCUGUUGUUUAUCUCAUUCGGUUUAUGCAUAAUGGAUUUAGUAACUUUACUGUUAACGCCACAGAUAAAAACAAUAUUUAUGCGUACAAUUUGUCAAAUCAAACAAAAUAUGAGGCGAUCGAUUAGUGUGAUAGGCAAUGACAGUGAUGUAGGUGAUAGAGCAGCUAGUACCGCUGGUAAUGGCGGAAAUGGUAGUAGAAUAACGACAACGGCGACGACAGGACAAAAGAAGGGAGGAAACAAAAAUAAGAAGAGGAAGAAGAAUCGUGUACGUCCAGCAGGUGUAUGCCAAUCCUCCCACGAGACAGUUGAAUAA